CCGAGCGAGGGCCGCAGGGCGAGCGGGGCCUGCCCAGCUGGGUGCGGGUCGGCGGUCGUGGCUCGGGUGGACUCUGGGGCGCGGAGGCCCACGCCAGCCUGCAGGAGGCCGGGUGACCCGGCCCUGCAUCCUCAGGGACGGCGGGUCUCGGGAAAGGACAAAUGGGACCAGCACUCUCCGAAAGCCGCUUCAAUUCCUGUUAUUUGUGACAAGGUCUUGUGUAGCCCAGGCUGGACUUAGAGGCGUGAGCCACAACGCCGAGCUUCAAUCAGAAUGUGAAAAUUCUCUUUUUAUGCUUGAAAUUCUGUGUGUUUAUUGUGUGCAUGCAUGCACACGUGUGGCACAGCGCAAGUGUAGAGGUCAGAGGACAACUUUCAAGAAGUCUGUUCUUCCACCAUGUGGGUUCCAGGAAUCACUCAGGUUAGGCUUGCCGGUAAGCGCCUUACGAGCCAUCACGCCGGUCCUGAAAGUACUUACUUUCAUGGUAGUAAAAAAUAAAAGUAACUUAAACGUCUUGAAAACGCGACGAUCCUGUGUUGGGAGCUGGAGAGAACAGCCAGUUGGGUCAGGCUCAUGAUUGCCUGUAACUCCAUCUCCAGGAGAUUCGACACCCUCUCUUGUACUACAGAAUACACGCACACACACGAAAACAAGGUUUUUAAACAUCCAUCUUUGCAUUGUGUAGAGACAUCUAGAGUUGCAUGAAGUCUUUGAAAAGGGAAGCACUAGUGUUUUGAAGAUGUCAGGUGCCAAGAUGCCUACGUGUGUUACCCGUUUAUUUUGUUUUUAGGAGAUAGUCUUUCAGUGUAGCCUUACCUCAGCCUCCUGAGUGCUGGGGUGCCAGCUGUGAGCCCCUGAGCUCUGCUGUUGACAUGGAAGAUGAUUUUUUAAGUUUUUGGAGACAGGGUUUCUUUGUGUAGCCCCAACUGAACUGGAACUUGAGAUCCGUAGACUAGACUGGCCUUGAAUUCACAGAGAUCCAUCUGCCUUUGCCUCCCAAGUGCUGGGAUUAAAGGCCUGUGCCACCAUGGCCCAGCUAUGGAGGACGAUUUUUAAAAUAAGAUUUCACGUAUUGUGCUCCCAGAUCUUUAGGGAUGUACACAUAGGCUGCCAGCCAGACUGCCCUUUGCCUGAGAGUGGGGUUGGGGCUUUUUAAAGUGGGACUUUUUCUUUCAUGUUUUCUCAGAAAUGAAGACAGCCUGGAGUGGUGGUGCAUACCUUUGAUCCCUGCACUCUAGUGAAGGCAGAGGCAGAGGCAGACCUUUGAGUUGAAACAAGCAAACAAACAGACAAAUACAACCCCAUAUAUAGAUAAAUUCAGAGUUAACAUAUGACCACAUCCCAUCUGUACAUUCUUUUUUGAAACAAUGUACUCCUGACUGGUUCUGGAACUCAUUAUGUAGACCAGGUUGACCAAGAAAUCAAAACUAUCCUCUUGUCUCUGCCUCCUGAGGGCUGGGAAUAAAGGCAUGCACCACCACACUCAGCAAAGUAGAGGGAUUUUGUUUGCUUUUUUUGGUGGUUCUUCCGCCUACCCCAGACAAGGUUGUCUGUGGGUACAGUCCUGGAACCUGUUCUGUAGAUCAGCUGGCCUCAAAUUCACAAGAGAUCUCUUCCUCCACCACUGCCACCUGGCUUUUUUUAAAGCACUACAUUAUAAACUGUGGAUACAUCACCAAAAUUUGGCUUUUUCUGAGUGAAUAGAUUUUUAGGUGGUUUAAUUUUAAAUGUCCUGGUUUUCUACAGUGACGUGUGUAUAAUUGGGGGCAGAGGUAAGUUUCAGGUGAUUCACAAUCUUUUUGAUAUAAAAAUUAGUGAGCACAAGUUUAUUUGAUUUAUAUUAUUUGAUUAAGAAGCCAAAUUUCUGGAGCUGGCAAGAUGGCUCCAUGAGUAAAGGCACCUGAUGACCUGAGUUCACUCACCUGGACACCCCACUCCUGUGUUGUGGCAGUGUGCAUAUGUGCACACUCCAAAUGUCUUUAUGAAGGCACUUGCAUACAAAAAGCCCAUACUGUUUGCUUAUGUGAAGCUUGAUUAGUAGGUUUGGUUGUGAGUGGUCUUAAUAAGCCUUUGGUGGUGUUCGGUCCUAAGAAGUCAGACUCUCACCUCUCUUCUUUCUCUUGGCAGGCCAAAUGCAACUUGCUAUUUUAAAUCAUUGUAUUUCCAUGCUUGGUUUCCCUUUUAUGUUCUGAACAAUCUGAAAUAUCCUCUUGACACAUUAGUUAAUAUAAUUAAGAUAUGGGCUACAAAACACCCUGUCUCCAAAAACCAAAGAAUGCUGUUUAUGGUGUUGGGUGAGGCAUUUUGUAUAUGUACCUAAUGUUUCUAUAAGAAUAUGGCUGCCAGUUUUCCAGAUAUCGCUUUCCCCCUCCAACCUGUGGCUAAGAUCGUGAGGCAAGAGGAACUUGCUGGUGGCGGUAUGGAGCAAUGAGGGUCCACACACACACAGUUAAUUGACGCCAGCAGUCCAAAGACAAGUGUUUUCCAUCUUUGGUCCUGCAACGUGAUAAUGGACUUUAUCGGAGUUGGUUUCUUCAUUGCUUAAAAUGAGGUAUUUUUUGCCAUCUGUGGAAAUUUGCCUGUAAUUCAUUUUCCUUGCUGCAGUAUUGAUAAUUAUACCAAGGUCUCGCUUUGUAACCAUGGCUGGUCUGGAACUCUUUAUGUAGACCAGUAUAGUCUCAGAAUCUGCCUGUCUCAGCCUCCUGAAUGCUGGACUAAAAGAUUGAAAAGAUAUGAAUGAAUAUCCUAAAAAAAGAAAAAGGAAGACUUUACACCCUUCUCGUUAUUCAGAUUCUUCUGGAAUAAGCAGAAUCACAGAUGGAGUCAGUGGAAUCUUUUCUGAUCAUUGUUACAGUGUCUGCUCUAUGCGACAGCCUGACUUAAAAUACUUUGACAACAAAGAUGAUGAUUCUGAUCCUGAGACAUCAAAUGACUUGCCCAAAUUUACAGACGGAACCAAGGCCAGAAACAGGAAUCAGAACUACCUUGUUCCCAGCCCUGUGCUUAGAAUUCUAGACCACACUGGCUUUUCCACAGAAAAGUCUGCUGAUGUGGAAAUCUGUGAGGAAGAAUGUGAUUCACCUGAGUCUGUGCCUCAGCACACUCAAGAGGAGAGCCCUAUAGAGGUUCACACCUCAGAAGACGUCCCAAUUGCUGUAGAAGUUCAUGCCAUUUCUGAAGAUUAUGACAUAGAGACAGAGAAUAAUUCCUCCGAGAGCCUCCAAGACCAGACGGAUGAAGAACCACCAGCUAAACUCUGUAAAAUACUUGACAAGAGCCAAGCUUUGAAUGUGACUGCCCAACAGAAGUGGCCUUUACUGAGAGCCAACAGCAGUGGCCUCUACAAGUGUGAACUUUGUGAAUUCAACAGUAAGUACUUUUCUGACCUAAAGCAGCAUAUGAUCCUGAAACACAAGCGCACUGACUCGAAUGUGUGUCGAGUGUGUAAGGAAAGCUUUUCCACCAAUAUGCUUCUCAUUGAGCACGCCAAACUUCAUGAAGAAGACCCCUACAUCUGUAAGUACUGUGACUAUAAGACAGUGAUCUUUGAGAACCUCAGCCAGCACAUUGCGGACACCCACUUCAGCGACCACCUUUACUGGUGCGAGCAGUGUGACGUGCAGUUCUCCUCGAGCAGUGAGCUUUACCUGCACUUCCAGGAGCACAGCCGCGAUGAGCAGUACCUGUGCCAGUUCUGUGAGCACGAGACGGGCGACCCUGAGGACCUGCACAGCCACGUGGUCAAUGAGCAUGCGCGAAGACUGAUAGAGCUGAGCGACAAGUGCAGCGGUGGUGGGCACGGGCAGUGCAGCCUUUUAAGCAAGAUCACCUUUGACAAAUGCAAGAACUUCUUCGUGUGUCAAGUAUGUGGAUUUCGUAGCAGACUUCACACAAACGUGAACAGACAUGUUGCUAUUGAGCAUACUAAAAUCUUCCCCCACGUCUGUGAUGACUGUGGGAAGGGCUUUUCCAGCAUGUUAGAAUAUUGCGAGCAUCUAAAUUCACAUUUAUCUCAAGGGAUUUACUUAUGCCAAUAUUGUGAAUAUUCAACAGGACAAAUUGAAGAUCUUAAAAUUCAUCUUGAUUUCAAGCAUUCAGCUGACUUGCCUCAUAAAUGCAGUGACUGCCUGAUGAGGUUUGGGAAUGAAAGGGAAUUAAUCAGUCACCUUCCAAUCCAUGAGACUACCUGACUGUUAACUUUACAUAAUGUUUAUGUAAAAUAAAUUUUUUUUAAUAUUAA